AUGAGUGCUCCACAAGCAUCGGUAAACCCGUUAGGGACAGGACCAGAUCCUGACAAGAAGGAUGCCGACAAGAUCGCCGCCUCUCCUGCUGUCGAGUUUCCUUCAGAGACCUCAUCAGAAGAACUCCAUUUCGCGACACGCAAAGAAGGCGUGUUGCCCGAUGAAUACGAUGAAAAGCGACAGAUUACUGGAUACGACCCAGCCCUCAUGCGUGCUCGAGUUCUGUUGAGUGCCGAGGAAGAAAAGAAGCUGCUCAGACGAAUUGAUUGGCGACUUAUCCCGCUAUUGUCUGUGAUGUAUAUGGUCAAAACUAUUGACGCCAUGAAUGUUUCCAACGCGCGGAUUAUGGAUAGAGGAACUCCGAGAAAUAUCAUAACCGAGUUGCAUAUGAGCGCGAAUGACUAUAACUGGGUUGUUACCGCAUACUAUAAUGAUGGCAUCAUUAAAAUAUUCCAGGCUCGGAUCAUGAUUACCUGGGGUAUUGUGCUUUGCUGCCAUGCUGCACUCAAAAACAAAGAAGGUCUAUACGUUGUUCGAGCGUUCCUAGGCUUCCUCGAAGCUGGGAUGUGGCCAGGAACCAUGCUUCACAUAACUUAUUGGUAUAGACCUGAUGAACUAGCUCCAAGAGUUGUGCUCGUCACCCUACUUGGAUGCUUCAGCAGUGUUUUCAGUGGUCUUCUUGCAUUUGCUUUCAAUGGUGUAACAGCAGGCGGACUUUCUGGCUGGAAAUGGCUUAUCUUGAGCGAGGGUAUAUUCACUGUUGUUUUGGGCUUUGCAGUACUCUUCUUUCUGCCAGAUUUUCCCGAUACUGCAAAAUGGCUCUCAGACGAUGAAAAAGCAUUCGUCACAGCCAGAUUGCCAAUCAAUGCACCAAGAUCUGCCGAAUCGGACUUCAAUCUAGCCGAAUUCAUCCGCACCCUGAAGGACUAUAAGCUCUGGCUCUUCCUCUUGUGCUGGGCAUUCUACACCAUAGGCACGACUGGCUUGGUCUUUUAUCAACCCACCGUGAUCGCCAAUUUAGGUUUCACAUCCAUCGGUAAAGCUCAACUCUUGAACAUCCCUUCAGCUGUCUUUGCCUGUGGUUUUACAAUCAUCUUCGGGCUUUUGAGCAGAACAGGCCGUAUUCCACAGCCUUUGAUUCCUUUGGGUUUCAUGAUUGUCAUUGAGGCAUGCUAUGUGGUACUUUAUACAUUCCCCAAUACCGGGGGUGUAUACGCAGCAACCAUCUUGGCAACUGGUCUUUCCACAGCAUGGUAUACCAUGAUGUGGCCGUGGCGAGUACAAACCACUGAAGGAGCAACUGGUUCGGCAUUCGCCAUUGCCUUUGCCAAUAGCUAUGGGCAAAUCGGCGGUGCCAUUGGUGCUCACUUGUUCAACUCGAAAUAUGCACCCAAAUAUGCCACCUCUUUUGGGAUCGCAAUGGGAUUUAUUGGUAUGGCCAUCAUCAUGAAUCUCAUCACUUGGUACGCAACGUACCGGGUUGACGUGGAGACUCGCAAGCUCAAGAGGCAGAGAGUUAAGGCCGCGAAACGCAACUUGGCACUGUUGGAUGACGUUGACAUCCAUGCGAAUAAGAAGCCAAAGGCAUAA